AUGGGUAGUCGGAGAGGAGUGUGGUCACCACAACGUAGAGGCCGACCGAGCGAUGAACAAGUUGUGGAUUUUGGUGUACAAUCGCCGUUCGGGUUGAGAGCAACAGAGAAGGGAACCAAGAACAAUAAAAAAAUUAAAAGAGGUUUUAAUUGGGAACCUCCAGUUUUCGGGAAGAGGAGCAUCUUUGUCGUCCGUUCAACAGGGGGACACGAGCAAUGGGCCCAGUGUGAUAGUUGUUCUAAAUGGAGAAGGCUGCCUGUUGAUGCUCUUCUUCCACCUAAGUGGGCAUGUGCAGACAACAAAUGGGAUCAAAGCAGGUCUUCAUGUUCUGCACCAGAUGAACUGACCCCAAGGGAGCUAGAAAAUCUUCUUAGAUUGAACAGAGAUUUCAAGAAAAGGAGAAUAGUAGCAUUUCAUAAGCAAACCCAGGAGAAUGAGUCAUCACUUGGUCUGAACACUUCAGCCAAUGCUGCAAUCCUUGGAGAUAAUGUAGCUGAUUCCGGCACUACGUCGGUGGCGACCACAACUAAACACCCGAGGCAUCGUCCUGGUUGCUCUUGCAUUGUGUGCAUCCAGCCUCCAAGUGGGAAGGGAAAACACAAGCCAACAUGCACAUGUACUGUGUGCAUGACGGUAAAACGUCGUUUUAAAACCCUCAUGAUGCGCAAGAAGAAGCGGCAGUCGGAGCGUGAAGCGGAGAUUGCUCUAAGGAAUCAACAAGCAUGUGAUCCCAGAGAAGAAGCUGAAGUCGGCAGCAGCUCUAAACAUGUAUCGCCAUUCCGCCAUCCUUCUGAGAAUGAAGCAAUGUCAGUUAGUGAGUUAGAAUCCAAGAGCCAGAGCAACAACCUAGUCCCCAAAUUGGUUGAAGCCAACACCGGACAGAUAGACUUGAACGGUCGUGAUGACAAUUGGCAAUUAGAUUCCACCCGCAAGAGCAUGGCGAAUCUUCUUCGAGUUGCAGGCCUCCGGUUGGAAACUUACCUCAAGGAGAAUGGCCUUACAAGCUUGGUAUCUGAUCGGUAAGCAAUCUCAACAUCACAUGUUCCACCACAGAUCUUUAUUGCAGGUGAGCCACAAGACGAUAGAUCUUCCCCUUCUGCCACAAAAGAACAUGACACCGGGGAUGAAGAAAACGGUGAAAAUGAGAAUGAUCCUUAAUGACAUUCCAGUUCCUCUUUAGACUAAAUCAAACCAAUGAAACUUUAGUCGGUGUUCGAUAAUUAUAUGUGUUAUUAUUUCUCCAAACAUUGUUUUC